GCAGAAAAUGGGGGGGUAAGUCCUAAGAGAGAAGCUGUGCGAUGUCGAAAUAUAACGGUAGAGGAGCUUUGAUUUCUAGCCUGUCUCCUUUUUCUCACCUUUCUCCAAAAUCAUUUGGCUUCAAUCGCCAAGUAUCCCAGUUCGGAUUUGCCCAUAUCUUCCAUCGGGGUACAGAUUCAGGAGCGAACACAUAUUUUUGUCUUUGCACCUAUCCUGGUCGAGAAUCGCAUUGAUAUCAAGCUAAGUUCAUGAACUCUUCUUUUAUCAGGUGAAGUAUAAACUAAUAUAACUAAUCCCUUAGGAGAACACCAGUCCACUUAAUCUUAGGUUUGAGAUACUUAGCGAACAAAUUUAUCCGUUUUUCUUUUUUAUUGCUAACAUCUUAUUUUCUUUUAUUUUCUUCAAAAUAGUUUUGGCCUAGACUAUAAAAGUCUUAAUUAUUUCCUUACGUACGCUUGGUCUGAUGUAUAGGAUUCUUGAGGGUUUGUGACUAUUUGCUCUAAGAUAUCUCCAUUGAACUUUUGAGAAUCAUCUGGGAAAGGUUCAUCAAUAAGUUAAGCAGUUUAGUUUCAACACACACACAUAUAUACAAGAAUGCCUCUAGAAGAAAAAAAAAAGAAUGCCUCCAGAAAAAAAAAACUUUUAACAACAUCCAGAGAACAUAAUAGCCAAGUGCCCAAGUAGAGCUAAAUUGAUAGCCACGAUGUUGUUAACAGGACUAGCUCUACUUGGCUUGAUUUUUCUUUUGGUUGUAAACAAAUUAAGUAAUGAUUUUUGUAUCUUAAGAAAAAAGUAUUUUGGUUUAGAAGAUAUAUACUCAUAUCUAUACUUUAAUGGAGGACUUUGAAUUAGAUGAUAGAAAAAAUUUCCAUGGAGAAUGCCAAAGACCUACGUCAGGCUUAAAAGAAGAGUAAUAACCAAAAUCGGAAGCUUAGAAGGUUAAUACGAAACCUUUUUUCUGCAAAACUAUCAUUUUCUCAAGAAAAUGAGAAAACUACUGAAGAUUAUACGCAAUUUAGUCUUUUUUCUGAAGUACACAUUUACCUUAUCUUUUCAUUACAUAAUAUGCCUAAGAAAAAGUGUAUUGACAAGGUUUAGGACUAAAGGAUACUGCCAGGAUUGAAAAUUUAUUUAUUUUUCGAUUCUGAUUUGAUAUUAUUGAGAGUUAAUACCCGAUUGUGUGUGUACUAUCACUUAAGUUGCCCUUAACUUUUUAUUGGACUUAAUAUAGUUAUUGACUCAACAUAGUCGGGUACCAAAUUGAUUGAGGAUUGAUCUCAGUUUAUCUAUUUUUCCUUCAUUUUAUCUCUUUUUUUCUUUUAGUCAUUUUUUCUUUUUAAUCAUUUUUUUAUAUCUUUCUUAUCUUCUUUAUCUUUUUAUCUUAUCUUAUCUGUUUUUUAUUAUCUUUUCAGCUCCGUUUUCAUAUACCAAUUCAUGUUAAUCGCCUCCAAAUUCUUUUGGGACUUUUCUUGGAUGUUAUUGGUACCAAAUUGAGUGAAGGUGUAUAGCACUCCAACAAUAACAAUAUAAUAGCACUACAUAAUAAAAAAUAUCAUUUCCUGCCCGCGGUUUAAAACAUCUCAGUUGCACGAUUUAAGUUAUCCAUCAUUCCAGAUCUACGGUUUUAGAGACUGAUUAUAUCCGUAAAGUUUUAACUGUAAAUCUAUGAAAUUCUUCCAAACGAGAAGACACUAAUUCUUUUAUAUGGUUCUUUAUCCUAUAUUUAAUGGCAUCAUUAGCAUUAGUUUACAUGAUUAUGUAUUCCCUACCUGAACAAGUGAUUGAUUUGAUAUCUAAGUUUUCAAUGGGUUUGGGCUGUUUGGGGUUGUUAGAUAUUUAAAAUUGGAAGUAGAUGUAGCCGGUAUCAAAAGCAUGGAUGCUUAGCUGAGUUUAAAGUAUCCUAUAUUUAGUGCCAUCAUUAGCAUUAGUUCACACAUUUAUAUAUUCCCUACCUGAAUAUACACUUCACAGCUACUGCUCUUUGGUUAUCUUAAUUCUUUUUUUUUUUGGUUAUCUUAAUUCUUAAGUGCUAUUGAUCCUCUCUUACCUCCAUAUACUGUGUGAAAAAGCAUUACGUAGUAUUAAAGAAGCUGUUAAAUUUUAAGUUGGUGGCACUUCCUAACAGUUGGGUGUGACCAACUGUUAGUUAACAAUAUAAUAGCACUACAUAAUAAAAAAUAUCAUUUCCUGCCCACGGUUUAAAACAUCUCAGUUGCACGAUUUAAGUUAUCCAGGAUUCCAGAUCCACGGUUUUAGAGACUGAUUAUAUCCGUAAAGUUUUAACUGUAAAUCUAUGAAAUUCUUCACAGCUACUGAAAGUUUUAUUUGUUAAUAUUUGUUAAUAUUUAAGUUUUAUUUGAUCCCCAUUGGAGCAGUACGAUCAAAAGGUUUCACAUAAAAGUGUACAAAUAGUUAAAAAAAAAGUUUUACGAGUUUAUCUUUAUUUUGUUUAGUUUAUUUAAUUUCCAUUCUUCAUUACUCAUUAGUUGUAAUAUAUAUUUCCUUAUUUUUAAUAAAGUUUCUUUUUCUAAUAAAGUUUCUUCUUCUUCAUUGGCAAACAUGCUAGACACACCGAUUGACAACCUCUUUAUGCUUGAUUAUUGAGAAGACUACAUGUGUUGUAAUCUUAGCAUGUGAGUGGAAACUACGUAUAUUACGGAGUAAUAUGGUUAAAAUCCUUAUAUAGCUUUACAUUUCAGAAAAACCAUUUUGCAAGUUUGCAACUAGAGAGUAUCAUUUUUUUCUACACCUAUCAGCUCAUCAGCUGGGCACCAUGGUUGAUUGAAAGUUUUGUUUAUUGGAUCAUAGGAGUCCUAGCAGAUGAUGUUUGGGGAUCCUCAUUGCUUUCUAUUUUAAAUCUACUAAUAUUAUUCUGAUUUUGCAAAACCCAUUCAUUCUUGCAAACAAAACUUCGUUUGUAUUUAAAAACCUUUUUUAGUGUGUUACUCUCUGAAAUAUCAAAUUUUGAUGAAAUCUUAAAUGGGACAUUACUGACUCAAAAUGUAUGUAUAUUAGAUUAUUAGAUGAUCAAGUAUAUGACCUUUUUUAAUUAAUAUUUAUAUGGCUGGUGGGUGGUUAUUUGGGACUGAUUAAUUGUAAAUUUUUACGUGUGUUGGUAGAGAUGUCUACAAAUAUACUAUAUAGGUCCCACUAAGUUUGAGACAAUUCGAUUUACGAUGUUUGACCGACAAUAUAUAAAGUAAUCAGAUCCCUGUCGCACUCAAAUUAAUUUUAGGAAAAAAUUAUAUAUAUACAGAAACUACAUUAAAAUCCUUACAAAGUCGCAAAAACCAGAAUCAAAUUUGAUAAAAAUUUGAUAUAUAAAGUGAUCAAGAGUGAUUUGUGUUGACCAAGUGAAUAGUGUCUGGGACAAUCUUAGCGGGACGGAGGGAGUAACAUUUAUAAAUAGGGAGAAUAUGACGUUCACCGCAUUUUGGGGCAAUAUUUGACUUCGUAAUGAUUUUGUGAAUUCCAAAUUAUAUAGAUGUCAACCAAAAAGACGAUCAAAAUGAUGUUAUCAGUGCCUCCUUAGAUGAGCAACCCGCAUUUUAUGGUUCAUAAUUAAAUAUUUGUUAAAUCAAUAUAAACCUAAUAGUCUCAAUGAAUAGCAUCUACACAUAUGUAUACACAUAAUGCUAAUACAGUUUUUCCAUGUUGUUGACAUAUAGAAGAUGCUGAAUAUGCAAGUUGUUCAAGUGAAGCCUAUGCAGAUCUGGGGACUCAUCUUAUGAUUGUGAAUUUUGUGGCGCUUUGUUUUAAGGCGAAGAAAGAAUAAAGAAAUGUUUCCGGGGCUUAGUUGUAAUAUUGAAGACUGAAGAUGGAUUCCUGAGGGACGGUGAUGAUGGAGAAUCAAUGGUUGACAUCCUUGAAGAAUUUAUUGCUCCUAUGACAGAUGAUCCAAUUGAAGCUAUUGUUAAGAUCACCUAUCCCGAUUUUGAAAUGCACUGUAAUUAUGUUUCUUAUUUGAAUUCCAGGGCAAUUCUUGCGCCAACCACCGAUGAGCGCGACAUGAUCAACGAUUACAUGUUGGGAUUAACUCCAGGUGAGGUAAAGACAUACUUAAGCUCAGAUUCAGCAUCUUCUUCUAACUCAGACAGUGCACUCCUUCAAGAGAUCUAUUCUCCAGAAUUUCUGAAUACCAUUAAAUCAUUAAAUGCUUUGGUGUGCCAAGUCAUGAGCUGAAGCUGAAAGUGGGUGCACCUGUUAUGCUAAUGGGGAAUAUUGAUCAUUCCUCCGGAUUGUGUAAUGGCACUCGCCUCAUCGUCACUAAACUCGGAACCCAUAUUCUCGAGGCUCAAAUGAUGUCUGUAAUAAAUGCAGGGAAAAAAUUUCUUAUUCCGAAGCUUAGCUUGACUCCAUCUGACCUAAAGCUGGCGUUCACAUUUCAGCGUAGACAGUUCCCUUUGAUACUUAAUUACGCGAUGACCAUUAAUAAGAGUCAGGGACAGUCUUUGGAGAGAGUUGGUGUUUUCUUACGUCGCCCGAUUUUCACCCAUGGACAACUUUACGUUGCGAUCUCAAGAGUGACGUCCCCGUCUGGGUUGAAGUUUGUUAUAUAUGAUGAUGAUGGGAACCGGCCAAGAAGACUCUACAUGUGGUUUACAAGGAAGUAUAUAAUAAUUUGUAAUUUUAUUUAUAUUUAUUUACUUUUGUUACAACAACAUAUACAUUGAUUUUUAUUUAUCCCAACAUUUCUUUAUAUUCUC